AUGGGACAAAGCAAUGACUCAUGGGUAAUUUUUUGCUGGGGGGUUAGCCUGGACUGUGUCUGUGCGCUAAAUUGUAUUCUGUUUUGGUUGUUUUUAGAGACCUAUGAGGACUUCGACUCUCGGGUUAUCGAGGUGAAGAGCGUCUUCAACAUGACGGCAAAGGAGGGCAGGAAGAGAUCCAUCAGCUGCUUGGUUGCCGUGGGCAACGGCCAAGGCGCUGCAGGUUUCGCCUUGGGGAAGGCGGCUGACAGAAACACUGCGCUGAGGAAGGCGAAGAAUCGAGCCAUCCACUACUUGUACUACAUCGAACGAUACAACAACCACACCAUUUAUCACGACAUCGAAUCCAAGUUCAAAAGGACGACGCUUCGUAUGAAGAAACAGAACGAAGGUUACGGCCUUCACUGUCACCGCGCCAUCAUCACGUUGUGCAAGCUGAUCGGCUUGAAGGACAUAUACUGUAAAGUGGAAGGUUCGGUCAACCUCCUGAACAUCACCAGGGCGCUCUUCUCCGGCCUGGCCCAACAGGAAACCCAUCAGAUGCUGGCAGACAAGAAGCAGCUCCACGUGGUGGAGUUCCGGCAGGAGCGCGGCCCGCUGCCCUUGGUGGUGGCGUCCCCCAAGGAGGGGCUUCGGACCCAACCGGAGCCCGAGGAUGAGAUCCCAGACACGCGUCUGCAUUGGGCCGACGUGCGCGCCUCCCAGGGAUUCAAAGGCUCCAUCUGGUCGGGCGUCAAGCGCACCAUCUGGUAGAACUGCAAUUCAUGGGAAACAGCUCCGGGAUUUUUUUUGUAUUUAUUGUAGAAUAUGAUGAGAAUCACGAUUACACAUCACAAGCUGACGUUCUUCCUUGUCUAUAUCUGUUUGUGACGUAUUAAAACAAAAUAGGAUUUGAAAAUGAA